AUGGCCCUGCUCUUCGCCGCGGCGAACGCGCUGAAUAUCUCAACACCCACUGCUCCGUGGAGCGUUGGAGAGAGCGUGACCGAGACCUGGGUCAGCGCGCCCGGAGACCCAGCCUCGUUCUACCUGCGGCUCUACGGAUCCACUGAGACCGUGCUGGUUGCUGCGGACGUACCAACGCACCUCGGACAGAUCACCUUCGCUGUCCCUGAUGUACCGAAGGGGGAAUGGUCCAUUUACGCAGUGAGCGAAGACAUCAAACAGGUUUACGCUACAAGCGGCCGCUUCGUCAUUGACUAG